AUGUAAUAAUAAAAAGUGAUUUAUUGUGUCUUCCAUAACGAGACUGGGUUAACUUCAAUUUGCACAGUUCCACACUAAUGCUAAAGAAAGCUUUGUGUAAGAUGUUUAGAUGAACACAAUGUGGAUCUUAAAUAUAUUUAAACUUAUUUAUAGUUUUAUGAACUUUGCAAAUAGAAGCUUUAAGAACACAAAUUAGAAGAUAGAACAGAAAUUAAUUAAUUACGUUAAAGUUUUAAGUGUUUUAUUUCUGAAGCUGAAAAUCAAAUGAAAAACUUAUUGGAAGAAUUAAAAGAGUUAAUUAAAAAUAUUUUUGAUAUGAUUGAAAAAGAAGAUCUAACUUAUAUUAAUCUAGUAAAGGAGAAUACUAAUCCUUUAGAGUCUUCAUUAGCUGAUUUAUAAAGAUUAGUUUUAAUAUCAAAUGGAAGUAUUUUAGUUGAUUGGGAAAUUAAGAAAUAAACUUAUUUCUAGAAAUUAGAUUAAGCUAAAAAUUGGUUAGAAGUAGAAAUAAAGUCAUUUAAUGAUAGAUGUAAAAAUGAAAUGAAGGAGAUAGUUUAAAUAAUGAAAUAAGAAUUUAAUGUAAAUUUUUAAAGUAUUUAAUUAUAAUAAAUAAUACCUAAUGAAUAGAAAGAGAAAUAAAAGUAAGAAAUAAAAGAGAUUAGAAGCUAUAUCUAUGAUAUACAUUAUAAAAGAUACAUUAAUACAAAAUUCGAUAUAAUUUAUAAAGAAAAAGAAGUUGUUUAUAUUAAAGAUGGCGCAAUUAUGAGAACGUAUUUAUUUAUAUAUAUUUAAUUAGUGAUUUAUUAAAUUAUUAGCCAUACGAAAUCUUAACAAAUUUAGAAUAAAUUAAAUUUUUUGAAUGGGUUGGACAAUAUGGUAAUUAAGGUUAAAAAAUUGGUAAAUGGAGAGCUAAAUUAAAGAAUGAAUUUGUAGAAGGUCUUGGAGGAGAAUACAAAAAUGAUGGAAAAAAAACAGGACAAUGGAAGGAAAUAUUUUAGAAUUAUUGGAGGUAAUAAUUUAUGAAUAUAUUGAUAGUGAAUCAAUAGGAUAUGAGUUUGGAGAAUACUCUAAUGAUAAUCGAGUAGGAAAUUGGAAGUAUAUUUAUAAAGGCAAAGAAAUGUAAUAUUAAAUAAUAUAUAAGUGGUGGAGGAUAAUAUAAUUAAAAGGGAUAAAGAUUUGGGAAAUGGAUUGAAUUGUCAAUUAACUCUUCAAAAUAAUCUUUAGUUACUUUUAUAAGCGAUUAUAAUGAGUUAGGGUAGAAAAUAGGUAAAUGGGAGAUAAAGUAAGAAGGAGAAAAAAUGUAAAUAAAUUUAAUAAUAAUAUUAGUGGUGGAGGACUUUAUGUUAAGUUAGAAGAAGGUGGUAUAAUAAAGUCUGGUAAGUGGAUUGUUCUGAGUGAGGGAUUUACAGAUAACUUUUAAGUUACUUAUUGUGGUGAAUAUAAUACAAAAGGGGGGAAAAAAGGUAGAUGGGAACUUAUGGAGAAAGGAGAACACUUUUAUUCUAAAUAUAAUUAAUUGUAAAAUAAAUAUUGAAUACAUAUUUUAGCGGAGGUGGAUGGUAUGAUGAAUAAGAGGGAUGUUCUAUAAAGGUUGGAUAAUGGAUAGAAAUAAGGGAUGGAUGUAACGAUAGUAGAAAACUCAUUUUUAGUGGUCAAUAUAAUGAAAAGGGAUAAAAGAAAGGUAAAUGGGACAUAAUAUAUAAAGGAAAAAUUAUGUAAAAAUCAAAUUUUAAUAAAUUAUUUUAGUGGUGGAGGAUAAUAUCAAGAAUAAGAAAAUGGUUCUAAAAAAAUUGGAGAUUGGACUGAUGUACAUGAAGGGUUUUACGAAAAAAUUUAAAUUAUUUACAAAGGAAAAUAUAAUUUAAGAGGGUAAAAGUAAGGUAAAUGGGAUACUUUUAGUGUUCUAUUAGAUUGGUAAACUGAACCAAUGUAAAUAUAAUGCUAUAUAUUAGUGGUGGAGGUCUUUAUGAUGAUUAAGUAAGAGGUUCAAUUAAAAUUGGAAAUUGGAUUGAAUUAUGGGAUUAGUAUGGAUAUACUAAGGAAAUACUUUAGGUUGGUUAAUAUGAUGAAAAAGGUUAAAAGAUUGGAAGAUGGCAGUUUAAUACUUUUUGUAAGGAUGUUAGGUAUAAAAGAAUAAAAAUUAUUUAGUGGAGGAGGAUGCUAUGAAGUCUAUGAAGGAGUUUCAAAAAAGAAUGGGAGUUGGGUUGAGUUUUCUUAGGACUUUAAAUUAUAAAAUUAAGUAGCUUUUAGUGGUGAAUAUUGUGAAGGCAAAAAAGUAGGUAAAUGGGAUGUAAUAAAAUGGGAUCUUUUUAAUAAUAAAUAAAUUAUGCAAGGGGAAGCUUGA